AUGAGGAGGGACAACCUGACCUGGGAAAGUGAGUUUGUCCUCCUGGGGCUCUCCAGCGACAGGCAGACCCAGGCUGGACUCUUUGUCCUGUUUGCGGCCGCCUAUCUGCUGACCCUGCUGGGCAACGGGCUCAUCAUCCUCCUGAUCGGGCUGGACGCGCGGCUGCACCUGCCCAUGUACUUCUUCCUCUGCAACCUCUCAGUGAUGGACAUCUGCUACACCUCUAGUGGGGUCCCCCAGAUGCUGGUGCACUUCCUCCUGGAGAAGAAGACCAUCUCCUUCACCCAAUGUGGGGCUCAGCUCUUCUUCUCACUGGCCCUGGGGGGUACCGAGUUCCUGCUGCUGGCCGCUAUGGCCUAUGGCUGCUACAUGGCUGUCUGUGCCCCCCUGUGCUCCAUAGCAGUGGUCUCUUGGCUUAUAGGCCUAGUGAGUUCCGUGGUGGAGACAGUGGUCAUGAUGUACCUGCCCACAUGUGGCCCUAAUGUCAUCGACCACCACUUUUGUGACUCUGCCCCACUUCUCAAGCUUUCCUGCUCUGACGCCUGCUACGUUGAGUGCAUGGAUUUCUUCCUGUCCUUGCUCUUCAUGCUGGCCACCAUGCUGCUGAUCAUAGUGUCCUAUAUCCUCAUUGUGGCUGCAGUGCUGCACAUCCCCUCUUUCUCUGGGCACCAGAAAGCCUUCUCCACCUGUGUCUCCCACCUCGCUGUGGUGGUUCUGGGCUAUGGUAGUGACAUCUUCAUCUAUGUGAGGCCAGGCAAGGGCCACUUCACACACUUCAACAAAGUGGUGGCUCUGAUGACUGUAGUGGUGACCCCUUUCCUGAAUCCCUUCAUCUUCACCUUCCGGAAUGAGAAGGUCAAGGAGGUCAUUGGAGAUAUGACCAAAAGUCUCCUCCUCAGAGACCCAGCAGCCCGUGGAUGA